AUGAGUUUCAGUCCGUUUGUCAACUCGCCCCACGGGCAUCCCAGCUUUAAUCCAGUGAAAGUGGGCAAAGGCGUCUCCAAUUCGGAGCUGGCAAAGAACAACAAGCAGCCAAAGCCGCCGGACAAGCCGUUGAUGCCGUACAUGCGCUACAGCAAAAAGGUUUGGGACGAAGUGCGCGCCCGUUUCCCCGAUCACAAGAUCUGGGAGAUCAGCAAGAUCGUCGGACAGAUGUGGCGCGACCUGCCCGAGGAGCAGAAGCAGGACUACGUGGACGCCUUUGAGGCGGAAAAGAUCGAGUACAACGAACAACUGAAGAUCUACCACAACUCGCCCGCCUACCAACAGUGGAUCGCCACGCUGAAGUCGAAGGAGCAGGAGGAGCGCGAUAGUCAACACAAGGCCGCGGCCGCUGCGGCAGGUGGGGGUGGUGGCCCAGGUUCGGGCGGCCCUGGUGGCCCAAGUAAGAGCAAGAAAUCGAUGGGCGGCGGCCACGGCGGUCCGAUGAGCCACUCGCCUCAGAAGGGUCACGGCCACGGCCACGGCCAUCACCACCACGGCGGCGGCGACGGCCGCGUCAGCCUGCAGGUGAACAUGGACGGCGAAGAGGGAGUGGCGGCGGACGAGCUGGCGGACGACUACUACAGCAUCAAGCACCUGUCGGCGGCCCGCUUCUACCGCAACCACAAACUGGUGGCGGAGAUCUUCGACGAGCGGGUGCUGCCGGAGAACCGCACCAAUCCCGAGAGCCGCUACCAUGUGCUGCUGCGGCAGACCGAGUCGCUGCUGAUGCACCACAAGACGCUGAACGACGAGCUGGAGACGAUUGAGGCGCGCUUCCAGGAGCGAAAGCGCGCCCUCCUCGACUCCAGCGAGAAGUUCGACCUGGAGAUGAAAAAGCGCUUCGCGGCGAAGCCGGUGGUCGACGAGGCCGCCUACCAGCGAAUGGUGGAGCGGGCGCUGGAGCAGAUUCGACGGGAGAACGGAGAGCUGCCGGUCCAGACGACGGUCCAGCCGACGUCCACUUCGCAGCCACCGCCUCCUGCCCCUUCAGCAACUGCAACUUCAGAAACGGCAGCGACGGAAAAGCCUGCUGAAGGAUCAGCUGCAGCAAGUGAACCGGCAGCUGCGGAGAAACCUCCACAGCCUGCUGAGCAGCAGCAGCAGCAGUGA